AAAUCCUGGCCAAUAUUCUUGUUCUUCGCUGUUAUCCUUGGGGGUCCUUAUCUCAUCUGGAAACUGCUAUCUACUUACAGUGAUGAAAUAACAGACAACACCAACUGGGCAAGUGGUGAGGAUGACCACGUAGUUGCUAGAGCAGAAUAUGAUUUUGCUUCAAUGUCUGAAGAAGAAAUUUCAUUCCGUGCUGGUGAUAUGCUAAACUUAGCUCUCAAAGAACAACAACCCAAAGUUCGUGGUUGGCUUCUGGCUAGUCUUGAUGGUCAGACAACAGGACUUAUACCUGCAAAUUAUGUUAAGAUUCUUGGUAAAAGAAGAGGUAGGAAAACAGUGGAAGCAAGUAAAAUUUCCAAGCAACAGCAGUCUUUUACCAAUACAACACUAAUUAAAGGAGCUACAGCUGCUGACUCUUUGGAUGAACAGGAAGCUGCUUUUGAAUCUGUUUUUGUUGAAACUAAUAAGGAUAGACACAGUUCAAGUGAAAAAUUGAGAUAUUAG